GGCCUGGGUGAGGCAGAUGCGACCCAGAACAAUGGCUGCGUUUCGGAGACGCCGGCGGUGACUGACUCCACGGGCGCUGAGGGCCCCCGCAGGGCCUGGACCCCCGCCAGCACAGCUGACCCUGACGCCGCCACACCACGCCCCCACCUGGUCCGCCUCUUCUCCCGAGAUGCCCCGGGCCGGGAGGACAACACCUUCAAAGAGCGACCCUCCGAAUCGGACGAGCUGCAGACCAUCCAGGAGCACAGCGGAGCGGCUUCAGAGUGCGGGUCGGACAGCCCCGAACAGGACCUAGACUAGGCUAGCUUCUUUUUUUUUUUUUCUCCUUCCCUCUCCUAUCUUUUCUUUUUUUUUCCCGAUUUGCUCUCUUAUUUAAAGGAGAGACAAAUAGCCCCCACUCUCGCCAAACUCAAAACCUACUACCAACCGCUACUACCAGCAUGGCAUCCGCAAGCAGCUCUGCGCAGGCCGCCUUCGGGCUGGGUCGGAGGAAGAAGACCCCCGGGCUCUUGGAUCAGAUUGGAAAGUUCUUUGGUGGGGACAAGAAAAGGAAGGGCAAGGGCUCUUUCAGAGGUGCUCUCUCUCCAGGCCCUCAGAAAGCCUCCGCCACCUCCCCACGUAAGCGCGGGGCAGAAAACGCCGUGGUCCACUUCUUCCGCACGAUCGUUUCCCCCGCCCCUCCCAAGUCUAGGGGCCCUCAGAAGUCAAGCAAGAAGGCAGCAGGGGACGGAAAAGGCUCCCUGACUAGGAUCUUCAAAAUGUGAUCAUAUCUUGGCAGAGGAAGCAGGAGUGCUUCUCCAGCCAAACGCUGAAGCCCACCCUCUACAACCCCUUCCAACCGCAAAAGGGCAUAUGUUGAAGAGCUCGGAGGAGGGGGGGGGGGGGAGAGAAAAAGAAAAGAGGAAGAAGAGGAGGAAAAUCUUGUCAACCCGUCACACUUAUUCCCAGUUGCCUUUGUUAACACCCUAAUGUUCGCUAUAAACCCCACCUUUCCCCAUAUUACUGCCCCCCCCUUCCACACCCCUUCGGCUGAUAGUUAGCGACACAAUCUGACCCCCCCCCCGCCGCCCUUCCUCCCCCCGCCAGCCUCGUGCUAAGCCUGCGCAGCCAUCAUCAUCAUCGCCGGUGUGAACUGAUUGCUGAAGUUGAUCCCUGAAGCCGCUCACGUGUGCAGCCUGAAUGACCUCUGACCCCCCCCCCCCCCCCCCCCAAGGCUCUCUACAUACAGCUUGAGUUUUUGCGGUGUCUUUUUUUUGUCUGAAUAACCCACGUUGGCUAAUCUGAGGCCGACCCGGAGCAGCCUGAGGGUUAAAGGCCGGUGCAAGCGCUCCAGACUUGACCGUUUUUUUCUGCCUGUUUUCUGGUUGGGUGAAAAGCCCGGGUGGCCUCAGUCUUUAGAAAAAAAAGAGCGGUUUUCUGUCCCGUCGCCCCCCUGUCUGCGUCAAUCUCUCCCCCGCCUUUUCUUCUUAGAAAAGCGCCCCGAGUUCCAGUGUUGUUUUGUGCAAAAAAAGGUUUAACACGGUUUUUUCUUCCUUUUUUCUGGUGAGAGCCACUUCGGUCGUAAUGUUUUGAUUCGCCUCUCGUGUCGUAGCUGUAGUUUUGUCUUGUCUUGAAUGUGAUGUUGAUACGUGUUCGUCAUAUAGGACCUAAGGUUGGCUGUGAAUUUCAUGCUAAAAGAAACACACCCAUUUCUUAUCCAGUCUAUUAGAUAAUGAUAAUGACACGACUUAUUUGAUCGUUCCCUGUUUAACUCCAGUAUUUCGUAGUGUAGUUUUCCAUUAAAAAAAAAAAAAAGAAGAAAAGAAUCUGAAUCUGAGGUUUGGCACCAGAUUCAGAGCUGUCUACAAAGCUUUAGUGUAGUCUGCUGUAGGUUUUUUAUUUAUUCUCGUCAUCGUUUCUGUCCCAUGCGCUGCACACUCAAUAAGUGCCUUUUUUCCCUACAGACUACCCCAAAAAAACACGCUGUUUUCUUCUGGUAAAUAAUAAAGACAGAAAAAAACACACAAUUUCAAAAAGGUGCUCUUUAACUAAUGGUGAUGACACAUUAUUCUAAGAAUGUGCCAAAAAAAACAAAAGUCAUAUUAGAAAUGCUUCAUCCGUCUUCCAAAAGCAGGCAUGUGUGAUCUGUUGUGUUCAUCCCUCUUACUUUGUGUGUGCUUGAGCCUUGUGAGUACUGUGUAGUGUUUACUGCUGAACGUAUCCUGGGAAUGAAUGUAAAAAAAAAAACAACCUCCUCAUCACUGUCAGUGUAAUAAAACAUGACCUGCCACUUAACUGAGAAUAAAAAAAAAAAAACAUUGUGAAAUAAAAUUAAAAGAAAGCAAACGCUUCUCUCCG